AUGGCGUCGUCGUCCCAGUCCUCCUCCGACGGGGUGAUGCCUUCGAUCAUCAUCGGAGGCGGCCGCGUCGGCCAAGCGCUGUUCGACAUGGGCGUGGACGGCGACGUCAUCGUGAAGCGCGGCGACGCGUUCCCUUCCUCGCCCGCGACCGGGCCCAUCUACGUCUGCACGCGGAACGACGCGCUCCAGGGCGUCGUCGACGCCACCCCGGAGGCGCGACGGAAAGAUCUCGUCUUUCUGCAGAACGGCAUGCUCCAACCGUGGCUCGACGCGCGCGGCCUCGGCGGCAACACGCAGGCGCUCGUCUACUUCGCCGUCGCGAAGAUGAACGAGAAGCCCACGGACGGGAUCACGGACGCGAACCCGGAGGGGCUCACCGCGGCGAACGGCGAGUGGGCGGACGCGUUCGCCGCGAGGCUGCGAUCGGGCGGUCUGAGAUGCCACGUGCUGGACGACGACGCGUUCAGGGCGUCGAUGUUCGAAAAGCUCAUCUGGAUCUGUGCGUUCAUGGGCGUCGGCGCGGCGCACCCCGGCGCCACCGUGGGCGACGUCGAGAGCGCGCACAAGGAGGAGGUGGAGGCGCUCAUCGCGGAGCUCGUCGCCGGGAGCGAGAGCGCCAAGGGGGUGCGAUUCGCGGAGGGGACGAUCCCGAGGCUCGCCGCGUACGCGCGCGCGGUGUCGCACUUUCCGACGGCGGUGAAGGAGUUCGAGUGGAGGAACGGGUUCUUCUGCGGGAUCAGCGAGAGGGAGCUGGCCGCGGGGCGGUUGGAUCCGUUCCCGACGCACACGGCGCUGAUGAAGCAAGUCGGCGCGCUGGAGUGA